AAGAGUGGAAACGACAACAGGAUGAUGGCGACAAAAAAUAUAACGGGAAGUGGAACACAGACGACAACAUUUGAAGGAUUGGAGUGCUCCCCGGUUUGGGUAGGUGAGUUAAAACAACAGUCCGUUUCAUUCUCAGCAGUCAACGUUCUCCUCUCCAUCACAGCAACUCUUGGGAAUUCUCUAAUUCUUGUUGCCCUUCACAAGGAAUCUUCCCUCCAUCCGCCAUCCAAACUCUUGUAUCGUUGUCUGGCAACAACUGAUCUGUUGGUUGGACUUGCUACCCAGCCUCUUUAUGCUAUCUAUUGGAUGUCCGUGGUUCAUGAACACUGGAGUCUUUGUCGAUACUCUUUUGACGCAGUUGGCGCAACAGGCUAUGCAUUAUGUUCAGUGUCAUUGUGGACCCUGACGGCCAUAAGCGUGGACCGACUUCUAGCCCUGUUGUUGGGACUAAGAUACAAAGAGAUUGUAACUUUGAGGCACACGUAUAUCAUUUUAGCAAUCGUUUGGGUUGUAUCUGUAGUCGCUGGUUUAUUCUUUUGUCUCAGUUACCGUAUAACCUCUUGGUACAGCCUUAUAAGUGUAUCAUCUUGCCUGGCAAUCUCAAUCGCCUCAUACACCAAGAUUUUUCGCGCUCUCGGUCGUCAUCAGGCUCAAGUACAAGAUUAUGCUCAACAGCAGCCGAGCCAACCAAAUGCACUGAACAUGACACGAUACAGAAAGGCAUUGUACAGUGCACUGUGGGUGCAGUUAGCUUUAGUUGUAUGUUAUGUACCAUAUUUUACAAUGGAAAGUGUGAUCUCUCGUAGUCAAGAGCGAUUUCCGAAUUUCAUCGUAAUCAGGGGAAUGGUAAUUGUCUUGGUGCUAUUUAACUCUACUUUAAGCCCGUUCCUUUACUGCUGGAAGAUAAGUGAAGUGAGACGAGCAGUAAAGCAGACAAUCAGACAAGCAAUCUGCUAUGCAGAGGGGUAGACCUAUUUUAACGUUGGCAUGUACUGUUUCCUCUGUAGCU